UGUCCGAGCCCGCCCUCUACGCGUCCGACCACCACCGCUACCUCCCCGCCUUCGCCUUCAACGCCCCUGCCGUCCGCACGCCCGCGCUCUUCCGCGGCGCCAGCACCAGCGCACUCGACUACCCCCCGCGGCCCCGCGACCACCCCGAGGACCUCUUCCACAGCGCACGCACCGACGGCCUCGACGAGCCCAUCUCGCCCCUCCAGCCAAACUUCUCCGGCUCCCUCGUCGGCUCCCCCUCCCACCCCAUGCACUACCCCAACGACAACAACUACGGCCCGUCCCCGCCCGGCACCGGCACCUCCACCUCCUCCUCCGUCGCCCCCCUCAGCGCCCUCGACGGCCCCGCCAGCCCCGGCCACCGCUUCUCCCACCGCCUCCAGCCAGAGCCAGACCGCAAGACCUACUCCUUCGUCGCUCUCCCCGGGAACGCAGUCAAGAAGCGCCCCCGCCGCCGCUACGACGAGAUCGAGCGCCUCUACCAGUGCUCAUGGCCAGACUGCAACAAGUCAUACGGCACCCUCAACCACCUCAAUGCCCACGUAACAAUGCAGAAGCACGGCUCCAAACGCAGUCCAGCAGGAUUUAAAGAGCUCCGGAAGCAGUGGCGCAAGGCCAAGAAGGAGCAGGAGGUCGCUGCACUUGCCUCCCGCCGCGACUCUUUCAGCGAGGGCUACGACGACCUCUCCGGGUUCAACCACCGCUACCUCCACCAGCAGGCCCACCCGGGGAUGCGCCCGCACCAUCACCACCACCAGGGCAUGAGCCUGCCCUCGUCGGUGACCAUCGGCACUCAGGAGCGCUACAGCGUCUCCGUCGACGAUAUCCGCUACCCGCCACACGAGCCGCACGAGCGGGACGACCCCUCGUCGUCUGCCUCGACCGCUGGCGGGAUGGGCGCUUAUGACACAUCUGCGGCGGCGUCGUCUUCGUCCGCCCAGCGAUACGCCCACGGGGCAGGCGGGAUGCCCGCCUCGUGGCACGGGACCUCCUCCCUGCGCCAGGACGAUGGUCCGCUGUACGCCCCGUCCUCGCUCCCUGCGCUGCAGCACCACGCCCACGCCCAGAUGCACCCUCAUGCCCACCCGCACGGCCAGAUCGGGAUGGGCCCCGAGCGGAUAACCUCCCCGCGCGGCCUGCCCCAGAACAGCACCCUCCUCACUCCGCUCCCGGGCUACUCGCACCACCCCCAACACCCGCACGCCCAAUCGCAUCACCAGCAGCAGCAGCAGAUGCACCACCCCCACGCAGACACGGGUCAUAACCGACACAGCGGGUAUCUGGACGACUAUGCGCUGUACGAAGACGGCGGACGUCCGGGGACGGGGCACAGUCAUGUUAGCGUCGGCGGCCAUGGACAUGCACGGGACGAGUUUGGCUUCGAGCACGCGCAGUCGUAGG